UUAUGCCUGAUGACACGUACAAACCACACCAUAGGCAUGAAAUCUCUCCUCCCGGGUCGCCCCGUCCAAGGCCUCGCCUCUGUCCGGACUGGCGAAGCUCGACUUAUCCCAGCCGUCGAACGUACAGCCCGACUCCGGGGUCCGUUGAUGGCGAGGCCGUAGCCCUCGUUCCAGCCAUUUGAAGAUGUCCACAGCUGCCCUUUUGUCGUAUAGACCGUGUCGUAGGCGUUACGGAUCCCAAAUGAAUAGGGAUACACGCCCGUGACCCACGGGGCCACAUCGUACGUAUCGGCAACCAACUGUCAGAAUGUCCCAAUACGAACUGGAUUGCCAGGCGAAUUUGUCGGAUUCCACUGACUUGGUUGGGGUUCCCGAUGCGAUCUCUUGUGAAGUAGUCGACCCAUUCCAGCGUUCUGGAGCGCUUUGGAUUCCUCAACUCCACCUUGAUGAGGGCACCUGAGUAGUGGCUCUCUGGCAAACCGCCAAGGAUGCAUGCGGGCCAGCCCUGGAGGAGCACGGAUGCACAUGACGGAUGACAGUCCGAAAGGCAUGGCCAGCAGUGUGAGUGUAGCGCGUGUCCGUACUAUAUUGGUCAUGCCACCAAUUGGGAGGUAAAGGCUGCCGCUGUUGUCGAAGGAGAUGCCGUUCAGGCCGUGAUCGUGGUUGGACACGGGCAAGCCGUCAACCACCACUUCAUGAUGCUUGAAGAGAGGGGGACCUGGGGCACCAUCACCACCAGCAGUGAUCUGUGCAUCCGUGUCUGCAUGUGCCUUGAACUGACCCUUCAGUUUACUCAACACACCGAGGAACUUGGCGGUGUUGUUCUCUUGGCUGAAGCAGUCUCCUCCCUGCUAGUAAGAGAAAAAUCCACGUGUGCUGGCGGGGGUCCCUCUCUCAUCGUGUCGUACCCACUGGAACAUGGGACUGUGUGCCACGUAGAUCUCUGGGUCGUCUGGGUCGCCAAAUGGGUCGACUGAGAUAGAAACGGGACAGGAGAAUGCAACAUGGCUUCAUACGUAAGCCCUUGGGUGAGCCUCACAUCCGAAACCAAUGAUAACGUGACCAGGGUAUUCUUUCUGGGUGAAGUCACAGUUGGUAGACAAGUUUCGAAAGCGUUUUCGAAUCACUGACCAUGAUGGUGGUGAUUUCGAUCAGGCUUUCCCCGUCGAUGUCGUUGUUCGAGGUCCAUUCAAGCGCCCGGAUGCCGCCGCCGAUAUCGCUCAUGUACAGGCGGCGAUCAGGGCCCCACUCGCCCUGGGUCAGCGAGCCUGACAACACACGCAGAUAGAGAGAGAGGCAUAUGUAAUUUCGGCAUGUCUUCUAGAAGGUGUACCGUUCCACUCGCCACGACGCUUGCGUUUCAGGGGUGCUUCGCUAUCGAAGGCAAGUAAGACGGUCCGACUGGUCCACUUAAUAGCGGGGGCCACACGACUAGAGUACUCGAAACGCUUCUUCUUCGAUACACCAUGAGGGGUCCUGACGGACACAGAAAGCUCCUCCUCCGCCUGUUAUCCAACGAACACGCAAAGACGACACACAGGUCUGAGCCAGUCUUGCACGCUCACCCCUGGCGAAACCUCGUAGACGAUCUCUGUGCCGUCAGCUUUGAGGACCUGACUGUCCGUGAGGUAGUCGACGUGUGUAUUGCCAAAGAUAAGUGAGACACCCUUCUUGACCGCAUGCGGAUUCAUGAAGCCGGCGCCCUCGAUGGUUAUCUUUUGGCCGCCGGAGACGUGCCCCCUAGUGGGUGAGAUGCGGUUGAUGAACGGAGGGUAGUCUUGCUGACUGUGAGACACAUCAUCGAUCUCCGUAACCCCGCCAUUUGUAUGCAGCUGAGCGGAAAGUACAUUUGUAAUGUGCACAAUGGGACCACUCGCCAUACAAUAAAAUUACCGACAGAGGCAAAGAAGCAGGGUUUGUAAUGAGCCAGCUGAUCUCAAAAUCAUGAGAUCCGUUGGGAAGUUUAGCUUUGGCAUUCCCUUUGGAGAGAGAGAAGGGCUCGCCAUUGACCCGCAGCAUCAUCUGGACUGCUGGGUCUGCACUGAUGGUGAUCGGAACCUCCCCUUUGUUAUUCUUCAUGCCGUCAUUCACCUUUAGGGUACCCUUCACCAUCCAACGGAUACAAGACAUACACACAAACUUAUUCACUCCGCUCAUGGCAUGCGAAGCUCCGGCGCCGACCUUAGCUCUGAGAAUGACAUCCUGCUUGAAGGGUGACCCCAUGAUGUUGUUAUUUCGACCGUCGGGUUUGAAUUCGCAUCCCUUCUCGAGACUGCUGCCGAUCCAUUUCGGCUCGAGCACCGUGCUGCCACUCCUGAGGUUGAUCCCGUCCAUGGGCGCCUCAAAGAACUCAUCGAGCUGCGACGCAGGAGGUUUAUAAAGAAGAGCCGCACAACCGGGAACCUUGUCGAUGGGAACGACGGCCACACUGAAAGGAGGCACGCACGGACUGGUGUUGCAUUCGUUGCGUGUGGGUGCCUACCUCCCUGUGUCCGCGAGUGUUUUUGCCUCUCCGUCUUCAAUGGUGAGCUGGACUGUGUAAACACCGGUAUCAUAUUCGUCAGUAAUGUCUUUGUCGACACCGCUGGACACCACCUGACCGUUCACGCUGUACGUCCACUUCUCCACACUCUGGUUUAGAGACACAGGCAGAUUAACCAUCAGUUCACUUAUGCAUACCUGCGCAUCCUUUUGUCACAGCUAACCAUCUUUGGCUCGUGUGUGUGGCUGAAGUGCCCCAUGAGCAGUAGACUCUCUUUCCCGUCGCCAUCGUAGUCGACCACAUAGCCACCAGGUGGCAGAUCCAGCACCGGGUGCAAAUAGUGGGGCUCGCCUUUGUUGACGCCGCGGCCUGUUACUGUCAUGAACCUGGUCUCGAAGUCAGGCCCCAUGAAGGCCACAAUGAGCCCGAAGUCUCCAGCAUUCUCGGCAGCGAACCCGAUGCGCAUGGGGACGGUCGCCUUGGACGUGAUCUCCAGCGGCUAUUUGAGGACAACGUCCCCGGGGACGUCAAGGGUGAAUGCACCCGGAAUGGAUACCUGGAUGCCAUCAUCGGAGCCGAACGCCACUACCCGGGUGAUGGUGGCCUGUUGCCUUGACGAUAGGGGCGCCUGGAUGCCCUUGCCGCUGCCCCCAUAGCUCAGAGGAGUGAUGAGACCCAUCUGUAUGCCGCUCUGCACGUCGAGCAUGGCCUCCUUAUUGGUUACAUCGGCUGAAAUUAACACACGAAGCUGCGACAGAGAGAGGAACACGUCGGCACGCUCGCUGGAUAUCCCUUCUCUGUUACGUGUUUGGAUAGCUUGAGCGAGGUGACGACAGGUCCAUCCGCAGUAUCGGCUCCAGUCCACGUGACCUCUACGGUCGAAGUCUCUCCCGCCUUCAGUGUGACCUCCGCGGGAUCCACAGUGAAUUGGGCAUCGUUUCCACCCUCGAAUGAUAUGGGAAGCUUCACGUCGCGGCUGUCCCUGUUCUCAAUUGUAAGCGUCUGACAGGCAAGACACACCAUGAGCCAGACAGGCAGGAGGGUUGUUGAGUGGAGCGCUGUGCCUCUUUCGAUUUGACACACCUGUGUAGGCGUUUCCGGUGCGAAUGCAAUUGCGGUGAACGGUUCCGUCUGUGUGGGGCUAUCAGCCGUGACGGUGAUAUCCAGCACCACUUCGGUGGCAUAGACCUCGAUGGCCGUGAGCCAUGACUUGCUCUUCACCGCUUCGCCCCUGAUGUCAAUGGUGUUGUCCUCGAUUACCGCCAUGGGCGUCUCGACUUUGACGAUGGUGCCGAAGGGCUCGUUUGGGCCGUUGUAGACAGUCACGGUGGAGUUGCCAACGACAUCCUGCGCUCUCGUGUCCUUUGAUAUAAACCUGACCUCCUUUCAGAAGGGACGGCAGGCGGAAAGACAAUUGAAAUUUGCAGACAGAUAGGUGUUCUGGGUCAAUUCGGUCUUUUAUACCUUGGGGCCUUCAGGGGCGACGAGGACCGCGGCUAUGGCAUAGGUGUCAAAAUCACUGAGCACUUGGUUGUUCUCUACGAAGACGUUUUGGACACGCCGUCCUGGUUUCCCUUUGUGGAGGACCUAACGCAUAUAUCCUUGUCCAUAACCAUGUUUUGGUUCGGAAAGACACACGUGUUUACCUCAGCAAAGUAGAGAUUGACGACGACGGUGACGGGGGACUCCACUGGAAUAGAGUAGAUGAAAUUUUCACGACCCGUGUGGGCGAGGGGCUCCAU